UAAACCUAAAAAGCGUCAGAAUGGUCAUAUAUUUGACUUACAGGUUGCUGUUUGCAUACCUUGCAUUACCUGGAAUCUUACUUGGGGAUUUAGCUUUCCGAUGCCCAAGUUGUACUGCGGAGCGUCUGGCUGCGUGUCAAAUAGUCACGGCAGCAUGUCCAGAAAUAGUGAGGGAGCCGGGCUGUGGCUGCUGUCCACUGUGUGCCAGGCUGGAAGGGGAGCUUUGUGGGGUCUAUACACCGAGGUGCUUAGGGGGCCUGAGGUGCUACCCCAGCACAGAGUCUGAAUUACCUUUGCAACAGCUCAUCCACGGUUUAGGACGAUGUGGACAACAAGUGGACUUGGAUGUCACAACAAGUCUGGACCAGCAGGAUACAAAUGAGGUGCAUGGGACUGAGAAUCCUUUUACCAAAAGACCUGCCAUAGAUGCUUGGAUUUGGCAGGAGUCCGCCAAGAAACAACACCUGAACGAGCGCAAAACCAAGAUGAAGACGAAUCAACUAGAAGACCCUCGAACCCAUAAAGUGCUGCAGAGCGCCUGUCAGCAGGAGCUGGACAGCGUCUUAGAGGAGAUCUCCAAAAUUACCUCUGAAGAUAACAGAGGCCCGCUGGAGGACCUGUACGGACUAAAAUUUCCCAACUGUGACAAACAUGGUCUGUACAACCUCAAACAGUGCAACAUGUCCACCCACGGCCAGCGGGGCGAGUGCUGGUGCGUUAACCCCUUAACCGGGGUCCAGAUUCCAGCAACGCCUAAAAUAAGAGGGGAUCCCAACUGUAACCAGUUUCAGGAGGAGCUCAGAGCGAUGCCCACUGCAGCAGUGUUUCACUAGCACAGUCCAGCACAUCCUUUGACAGGGUUGGGUUUUCUUUACAAUUCCAAAUUUACAAAAAGGAUUUGUAAAAGAAGUUGCUAUAUAUCAAGGCUUUGUUUUUUGUUUUUUGUUUCUUGAGAAAUGAAAGCAUACCACUAGGUUAAAAUAUUGUUCCUGUUGUGAAAUUAUCUAAUAUAAAAAGACCAAAACC